AUGGUGACGACGACAACGAGUACAACGGCCAAUAGUCUCAGUGCCCAUGUGUACCACGACAAUUUGUUGUUGUUUAGCGGAGUAUCCACAGACAGGCUUUGGUGGCUGAAUUUGCCCUCCUUGCGUUGGCAUGAGGAGGUUUGCUCAGGCGUGUUUCCUCCUCCAACACGGUUUCAUGCAACGGCGCUGCGUGGAUUACGACUUUAUCUCUCAGGUGGAGAACCGCCCAGCGUUGCGACAUUAUGCACCGCGGCAAUCUCGCUUGAACACGACCUGCUGGAGGUGUUUGUAAUUGACCUGCAGGAGCUGCACUGGGAGACGGUGGCGUGCGGGUGGAAACCUCGAAACCGCUCGCAUCACACGAUGACUGCGGUGGAAAAUAGCCUCAUUGUUGUGGGUGGGAAGCCUUUGCUGGGCGACGUCACCGCAAACGAAAUGCGGGAACUACUGGCGAGUGGAUUCUACGCGAUUCAUGUCUUGGAUACCACGACGGGUGUUUGGCGCGUUUUUUCGGAGGCGCGGUUUCCCCCACUGUGGGGGCACACUGUCCACGCGGUCAAUAGCUCCGCAAUUGUCAUUUAUGGGGGCUUUGAAAUAACACUUGAGACGGACGAAGCGGGGGAUGAGCUGCCCACGAUUGCUGUCAAUAAUUACGUUGGAUUUCUCAACUGGAAGACAAUGGAAUAUUAUCAGGCCCCCACACGCGUUCCAGGUCGUGUGAUGCACCAAGCCCAUUUACGGGGCAACAUGCUUUGUGUACUUGGUGGGUUUUUGGUAGACGAGGCACAUCUCGAUUUGGUUCCAAAACGAGAUGCAAUUGGAAUUUCUUUGAUUACAUUUGAGGCAGCCCCAAUGAUGUUUUGUCUGCAGAACUGGUCCCAUGAGCAGCUGGCUUCUGUGGUGUAUAACCAGCAACUGAUUGCAUUGAAUACCAUGAAUGACAUAUUCGUCCAGAGGAUCCUUGGCGACGAGCCAUGGGUGCGUUAUAGAUGCGAUCCAAGCACCGUGGCUACAGUGCCGUUUCCCACUAUUUUUUUUUCUAGAAGUAAACCACAAGAGGAUGGUAAGGAAGGGAUGAGUCACACGGUGUCCAUUCCUUUUGACGGACCAUUGUCAAGGCCAUCCAUAUCCCCUUUGCUAUGGAAGAUGUUAUCGCGUCUUGAAUACCCCCUGGCUGACAUGUGCUAG